AUGAAAUACAUCAGCUUCCUUUUCCUGCUUCUACGCGUUUCCCUUGCUAAGAUGAUCAAGCUGGACGUUGGCACCGAUCCUGAAAUGCCGAGUUGCGGAUCACAUUGCAUGGUUGACAGCAUGUUUGUUACGCAAUGCCUAGAUAUGAACUGCCUAUGUCAUCAAGAAGAGUACCAAAAGUCCCUAUUCCAAUGCCUCUACUCCCAGUGCGAUUCGAACGAAUACGGUAAAGCACUUAGCCGCACCAUCUCAACCUGCAUGGAAGUCGGUGCCGAGAUCCACAUGGUUGCGCCGGGCUUCAUCAAUCAAGAGCUCCUCCGUGUGCGAGAGGCCGAUUAUCUUGCCGGUCGCCAGCUUGCCGAAAUACCAGGUAUCCAGUUACGCCAGGAAAGUGCGCCAGCUGUGCAGACUUUUACCACCACGUGCACGGAGCACAUCACCCUGACCAUUACGAUGUCGCCAACACCUACGCCUUUCUUGACCAGCAGUCCCGAGUCCUCGAGUAUCAACCGACCAUGGGUCAUCACUCAAUCCGAGUCAUCUCGUGUCGAGGCGUCCUUUUCCGGGCUUGUCUUAUGGAUUGCUAUAGUCUUGCUACAGGACUACUGGUUCAAUGGACACUAGUAUGAGAGGCAUGGUCAGCAUGGACAAUUGUUUUUUUGGGCAUUUUUUACACAUGCUAACACGAGAGUACGGAGGAGAUACUUUGUCUUGUUGGGAGGGUUU